AUGUCGUCGACGGUACCAAGGAUCCGCCCGCGGCGGCGACGGCGCGAGUCACUGUCGCUGUCGGAGGAAGAGGAUGCGUCGGUCGCCGGUGGGUUUGACGGCCUCAACGUCCGCCCGCGCAACCUCGAGGAGCGGCAUCAGGUACUCAACUACUUGUUCGGCUUUGCGCCGACGGCCAAGUCUGUGACGCGGUCGUCGACGCCACGGCUACUCCGCGACGAUGCGACGAGCUCGCCGGCGCCACUGCCGGCGUUUGAGCCCGCGGCAUCGCGCUCGAUCUUUGGUUUUGGCGAGGCGUCACUGGUGACGGUCGGCAAUGUGGUCUGGCUCAUUCUCUUUGGCUGGUGGAUUGCGCUGCUGUACCUAGCGCUCGCCGGCGUGCUCGCCAUCUCGUGGGUCGGGCGCUACCACGCGUCGCUGCUCUGGCACCUCUCGUCGUGGUACCUGUGGCCGUUUGGCCGUGCGCUCGAGCGAGUCGGUGGUGGCAACGUGACUCCAUCGCUGCUCCCGGCCAAGGCGCGGCUGUACGGCUCGACAGUGUCGAUUGGCUCGGCCGGCGAGAGCGCUCGGGCCGAAGCCGGCGAGGGCGGCCGCAUCGACGCCGCCGGCGACGCCGAGCGCCCGCUGUCGGGCCUCGGCGGGCGGUCGUCGUCGCUAGCUGGCAUCAACGCGAACAACGGGCUCGAGACGCAGGCGCACAACAACGCGGCAGCCGAUCAGGGCGCGGUCGAGGCGCUGCUCGGCAAGCUGGUAUACUAUGUGCUUGCCUUUCCUGUCCUUGCUCUCGUCCACGUCGUUGUCUCGGCCAUGAUGUGGAUGUCGGUCGUCAUGAUCCCCAUGUUUGAGCUCAACAUGCGCGGGCUCAAGGCGCUGUAUGAAGAGCCACUGACGCUGUUUGUAGGCGAGUCGACGCCGCGAGCCGGUGCGCAGAUUGUUAUGUGCACGUACAAGGCCGCAGACUCGCGGUACUUUUACUACGAGCGCUUUGGCGUCAACGUCGUUCUCCUCAACAUGUUCCCCUUUGUGGGACUCACCCUCAUCCUGGGCUACCUCGGUGAGCACGUGGUCUUCCUCAAGCCCAUCUCCACGCCGGGUGUCAUCUUUGUCUCCUCGCUCCUCUCUACCGUCCCCAUCGCGUACUUUAUCGGCAUGGCCAUCUCGUCGAUCUCGGCUCAGUCCACCUUUGCCGUAGGCGCGGUCCUCAACGCCACUUUUGGCUCCAUCAUCGAGCUCAUUCUCUACGCCAAGCUCCUGCUCUCGGGCUACUCAUCGAUCGUCAAGGCCGCCGUCACCGGCUCGCUCCUGGGCGUCAUGCUCUUCAUGCCCGGCCUCUCCAUGGUCGUCGGUGGGCUCAAGUUCAAGUCACAGCGGUUCAACGCCACUGCCGCCGGCGUCUCGUCGGUCCUCCUCCUCAUCGCCAUCAUCGGCGCCUUUUCGCCCACCGUCUUUUACAACAUCUACGGCACGUACUCGCUCUCCUGUACCUUCUGCGCCCCAACCAACUCGUCGCUCGCCUGCACAGGCUGUGCCUACAUCGAGGGCGCCAACGAGCUCAACGCAGACCCCAUCUACCAGGAUCGCGCACGCCCGCUCUCGUACGUCUGCGCGGCCAUUCUCCCUAUGGCCUACUUUGUCGGUCUCCUCUUCACGCUCAAGACCCACAAGCACAUCUACGAGGUGACCGAGUUCUCCGACGACGACAGCAACGGCUCCGAGGAGGGCGGUGGCCACAACGCGCCGGCAUGGUCCAACCUCGUCUGCAUCUCGGUCCUCCUCUCGUGCACCAUUCUCUUUGCUCUCGUCUCCGAGACGCUUGUCGACUCGAUCCAGCCCAUCCUCGCCUCGCUCGGCAUCUCGGAGCUCUUCCUCGGCCUCACCCUCCUCGCACUCGUGCCGAACACCGCAGAGUUUGCCAACGCCGUCCAGUUUGCGCUCCAAAACAACGUCAUGCUUUCCAUGGAAAUCGGCGCCUCGGCCGCGGCUCAGAUCACCCUCAUCCAGAUGCCUGUCCUCACCUUUUUCUCUGCUAUUGUCGGCACCGACGACGCCGACACCUUUACGCUCAUCUUCCCGCAGCUCCACCUCUUUGCCGUCAUCUUUGGCGUCAUCAUCCUCAACUACAACUCGCUCGACGGGCAGAGCAACUACUUUCAGGGCGCCGCCUUUUGCAUCGUCUACGCUGCCCUGGUCGCCACCUUUUACUUUGUCCCCGAUGUCCCGGGCAUCAACUAA